AUGACAGAGAUGAGGAAAGAAGACACGGUCAAGCUUAUCAGCGCCGAGGGGUUCGAGUUCGUGAUCAACAAGGAAGCCGCCAUGGUUUCGCAGACAAUUCGCAACAUGCUCACCUCUCCAGGGAGUUUUGCUGAGGCGCAACAUGGGGAGGUGACUUUUCCCGAGAUAAGCACCACGAUUCUGGAGAAAAUCUGCCAGUAUUUCCACUGGUCUCUUCAGUAUGCUAGUGGCAAGGAAACCGAGUUCCCAAUUGAACCUGAACUGACUCUGGAGCUUAUGAUGGCUGCUAAUUACCUGCACACAUAA